GAGCAAUGCGGAAGACAUGGCCCAGCGGUUGUCUGAGUGGAGGAAAGAACUCGCCAAAGAUAGGGGGACGGCCCCAGCCACAGGGACGGGCCUAUACUCAGAAUCAAGCAGCGACGACGACAGGAUGGACACGGAGUUAGAUACGAGGUAUGGUGGGGAUGUGUGUUUAGUAUAG